CCCACAUAUCACAUGACUUUCCAUAUCCCAUUCUAUAUUUCACCCAUCAAUGCCGCCCCGCCUUAUUUAGACCUCCAUGUCCAUGGCAAUGCCCACCUUAUUUAGACCUCCAUCUCCAUGGCAAUGCUGUCUUCCUCCUCAUUGUCCUCAUGGCUUCCCUCGUCUUCCUCUUUCUCCUCUCCCUCACUCUCUUCCUUUCUCUCUCCUCCGCCAACCACCACGACGACCACCGUCACCGCCUCCUCACCUCCCCACAACCUCACAUCCAACAAGCCUGCAAAGCCACGCGCUUCCCCGACGCCUGUCAAACCUCCCUGACCAACCUCGUCACUGAACCCAACACCACCCCACUCCAAACCAUCCAAUUCGCCGUUCAACUUUCCGGCGACGGGGUCAAGACGGCGCAGGGAAUGAUCAAGACUAUCCUGGACUCGUCCCCGGGCAGCCAAAACCGCACGACCGCCGCGAAUAACUGCCUCGACAUCCUCGCUAACUCCCAGUACCGAAUCUCUCUCGCGACCGACAGUCUCUCACGUGGUAAAAUAAAAAAUGCACGUGCUUCUAUGAGCUCCGCAUUGCUCUACCAGUACGGGUGCUGGUCGGGCCUCAAGAACGUCAACGACACCAGCAUGGUCAACGAGACGAUGUCAUUUCUCGACAGUUUGAUCGGAAAAUCCAGCAACGCGCUCGGCAUGAUGGCCUCGUACGACAACUUCGGCAACGACACAAAGAUGUGGGCCCCGCCGAAGACGGAGCGAGACGGGUUCUGGGAGCGGCUGGAGCACGGAGGUCCCGACCCGGGAUUUCUGGGCGGGGUGCCGUCGGGUUUAACGGCGAACGUGACGGUGUGCAAGGAGAAAUGGUGUGAUUACAGGACGGUGCAGGAAGCGGUGAAUGCCGCACCGGAUAACGCGGGAAACGAGAGGUUCGUGAUUGGGAUAAAGGCUGGGGUGUAUGAGGAGACCGUGAGAGUGCCCUUAGAGAAGCGGAACGUGAUGUUUUUGGGUGACGGGAUCGGCAAAACGGUCAUUACAGGGUCGUUGAAUGUUGGCCAGCCCGGAAUUUCCACCUACAACACUGCCACCGUCGGGGUUCUUGGUGAUGGAUUCAUGGCAAGAGGACUCACAAUCCAGAACACAGCAGGUCCCGAAGCCCUCCAAGCAGUUGCUUUCAGAUCCGACAGCGACCGCUCUGUAAUCGAAAACUGCGAAUUCAUAGGCAACCAGGACACUCUCUACGCACAAGGAAACCGCCAGUUCUACAAGUCGUGCACCAUCCAUGGCAACGUUGAUUUCAUCUUCGGAAAGUCAGCUUCUAUCUUCCAAGACUGCACCAUCCUUGUUCGUCCGCGGCAACUCCUACCCGAGAAAGGCGAAGACAAUGUCGUCGCAGCCCACGGAAGAACAGACCCUGCGCUGGCAACGGGUUUCGUGUUUCGAAACUGCUCGAUCAACGGCACGGAAGAGUACAUGAGGUUGUACCGGAGCAAGCCGCAGGUGCACAAGAACUACUUGGGGAGGCCGUGGAAGGAGUAUUCGAGGACGGUUUUUAUAAACUGCAGUAUGGAAGCUCUUAUUACACCCCAAGGGUGGAUGCCUUGGAGUGGGGAUUUCGCUCUCAACACCCUUUAUUUUGGGGAGUUCGGGAAUUCUGGGGCGGGUUCUGAUUUGUCCCAGAGAUGGAACUGGACUAGCAAGAUCCCAUCUCAACAUGUUAAUACGUAUUCUGUGCAGAAUUUUAUUCAGGGAGAUGAGUGGAUGUCAACUUGA